AUGGCAGAAACAAAGACAAAACCCAAGCCAUGGAUACUCAAUGCCUUUGCCAUGUUCUCCCCUGGUCAUUUAGCACCAGGGCUAUGGAAGCACCCCCGCGAUCAAGCAGGCGACUUUGCGAAUCUCGAUUACUGGAUCAACCUCGCGAAGAUUCUCGAAGAAGGCAAAUUCCAUGGCUUGUUUCUCGCGGAUCAUCUGGGAAUUUAUGAUGUCUACAAGGGACCUGCCAAUCGUGAGCCGGCUUUGCUUUCGGGUGCCCAAUUCCCUAUUGGGGAUCCAUUCCUGUUAAUAUCCGCCAUGGCAUCCGUCACGAAAUCCUUAGGCUUCGGCGUCACAGCAUCUACCACCUACGAACUCUCCCCCUAUGCUCUAGCCCGCAAAUUCUCAACGCUCGACCACCUUACACGAGGUCGAAUUGGCUGGAAUAUUGUCACUUCUUUCCUCGACAGCGCAGCGAAGGCAUAUGGACUCGAUGAACAAAUCCCGCACGACGAACGCUAUGCGCGCGCCGAUGAGUAUUUGGAGCUUACUUAUAAGCUCUGGGAGGGGACUUGGAAGGAUGGAGCUGUCAGGAAGGAUCCGGAGACGAAGGUUUACAGUGAUCCGUCGCAGGUGAGGGGGAUUGAGCAUGAUGGGAAAUACUUCAAGAGCACUGCUGCAAACCAGAUGCCUCCUUCUAGGCAACGCACGCCACUUCUCUUUCAGGCCGGUGCAUCAUCGGCAGGAAAGAAAUUCGCCGCUAAUCACUCCGAAGUAAUGUUCCUCCCUGGCCUCGAGCCUGAAAAAACGCGCUUAAUCGUCGACGACAUGAAGAAGCAGCUCAUUGACGCCGGCCGUACCCCCGACAGCAUAAAAUUCGUCGCCGGCAUGCUCGUCAUCGUCGACGAGACCGACGAAAAAGCCCAGGCCAAAUACGAAGAGUACCUCUCCUAUGCAGAUUUUGAAGGUGCCGCCACUUUGUUUGGGGGCUGGACGGGCGCCGAUUUAUCCAAAUACGAGGACGACGAGGACUUUUCAUUCACAUCCGUUGCAGGUAUUCAGUCAUUGAUUCAAAGCUGGUCCAAAACCAUUCCCAACUCGAACGGACUCAAAUGGACUAAACGGCGGAUAUUGCAGGAAUUGAGUCUGGGUGGUGUGCAUCCAAGGGCGGUUGGGUCUCCCGCGACGGUGGCAGAUAUAUUGCAGAAAUGGGUUGAUGUUGCGGAUGUGGAUGGGUUCAAUUUUUCGUAUACGGUUUCGCCGGGGACGUUUGAGGAUAUGAUUAAGUAUUUGUGGCCGGAGUUGAGGAGGAGAGGGGUCAUAUGGGACGAGUAUGGCGUGGCCGGGGGUGCAACGAGGGAGAAUUAUUUCUUGGAUGGGAAGGGGCCGGGGGUCCGUGAAGGUCACCCUGCGUGCAAGUUUAGGUGGGAGUAG